GGGGGAAAAAGCAGGAAAUAAAAUCACAUUUCUAAUUGGCUGACAUCUACUAUCUGUUGGACAGGGUCUGACGUAUAUUUAGACUUGAGACUUGGACUCUGAACUUAUGAAGGUGUGUCGGCGUCCUCGGAUCAGAUGCACACAGACACCCAGACGGACGAGGAAGAAAAGUAAAGAGCAGCUUGGUCUCUGCCAGUGUUUCCUCGACACACGGAGGUGGAAAGAGUCUGGAAGUCGACCUGAAGAGUUCAGCAGAUAUGGCUGCUGCAAACUAUCUGAUAUCUGAAGAUCAGUUUCUGUGCUCCAUCUGUCUGGAUGUGUUCACUGAUCCUGUCAGCACACCAUGUGGUCACAACUUCUGCAAAAACUGCAUCACAGAACACUGGAAUACUAGUAACAGGUGCUUUUGUCCCAUCUGUAAAGAGGGUUUUACCACAAGACCUGAUUUGAGAGUCAACACUUUCAUCUCUGAGAUGGUUGCUCAGUUCAGACAGUCAGCUCAACAGAAAGUGUCCAAACCAGGAGAAGUUCCCAGUGACGUCUGCACUGGAACCAAACUGAAAAGAGAAUAUGAAGGAAAGAAGGGGAAGACCAAGGCUGAAAUUCACCAGAUGAUCCACAAGAGACGACUAAAGAUUCAGGAGAUCAAACACUCAGUCGACCUCAGUGAAGAAGAUGCAGACAGACAGAUAGCAGAAGGUGUUCAGGUCUUCAAUUCUCUGAAGGAAUCUGUUGAGAGAGGCCUGAAUGAGCUCAUCAGCACGAUCAAAGAGAAGCAGAAAACAACAGAAAAACAGGCUGAAGCUUUCAUCAAAGAGCUGGAACAGGAAAUCUCUGAGCUGAUGAAGAGAAGCACUGAGGUGGAGCAGCUCUCCCGCUCUGAAGACCACCUCCAUCUUCUCCAGAGUGUCCAGUCCCUAAAUAUCCAACAACCUCCACCCACCAAGGACUGGACAGAGGUCAGCGUCUGUCCAUCAUUAUAUGAGGGGACUGUGGUGAAAGCUGUGGUUCAGCUGCAAGAGACACUCAGUAAAGAGAUGAAGAAGCUGCUUGAGUCUGAGCUGAAGAGGGUCCAGCAGUAUGCAGUGGAUGUGACUCUUGAUCCUGAUACAGCACAAUCGUUUCUCAUCCUGUCUGAUGAUGGGAAACAAGUGAAUCUUGGUGAUGUGAGGAAGAAUCUCCCAGACAACCCAGAGAGAUUUUCUAAGUCUGCUAGUGUUUUAGGAAAACAUAGUUUCUCUUCAGGCAGAUUUUACUUUGAGGUUCAAGUUAAAGGAAAGACGAAAUGGGAUUUAGGAGUGGCCAGAGAGUCGAUCAACAGGAAGGGAAUCAUCAACCUGAGCCCUCAGUAUGGUUACUGGACGAUAUGGUUGAGAAAUAGAAAUGAGUACAAAGCUCUAGCUGUCCAUCCUGUCCUUCUCUCUCUGAAGUCUCCUCCUCAGAAGGUGGGCGUGUUUGUGGAUUAUGAGGAGGGUCUGGUCUCCUUUUAUGACGUAGAUGCUGCAGCUCUUAUCUACUCCUUUACUGGCUGCUCCUUCACUGAGAAACUCUUCCCAUUCUUCAGUCCCUGUAAUAAUAACGAUGGUAAAAACUCUGCCCCUCUGAUCAUCUCUCCUGUCAGAGUAAACUAAUCACUGAUCUCAUUUCAGGUAUUGAUUCAUUUUCAAUCAAGGGAACAACAGUAUUCAUAUAUUUUACAUUUUAUUUUCUACAGAAUCUGUUUCCUAUGGUGACUGAUUUAAACUUUAUUACAUUUAUUAUAAUAUGGUUAAAUGUGCAGCAAAUCUUUGCAAAUUCAUAUCGUGUUAUGAUGCAUCAAAUUAAUGUGUUGAUGAAUUAUGACUAGAAACAAAGCAAUUGCAGUUAUCCACAAAUGAUCAUUUUAAAUAUCUAAAAUUAAAGGUAAAGUGCAAAUCUGAUGGGACAAUUAGGAUCUAAGAGAUAUAUGGUGUAAAGUGGUUGUCUGAUUUUAUUUUUUAUGUCCCUCAAUAAUGAGACAGGAAAGAAAAAGUCUGAAUUACUGUGGCAUAAUUGCAGAAAUAAAGUCUGUUUAUUGAGA